AUAUGAAAGUCUUCAUUGCACUAGUUUUAGCCUUUGCAGUAGCUUCGGCUUACAGCGUUCCCGACCGAACCGCUUUCGAUGAACCGGCAUUCAUUGAGGAUUUGCCUGAAUCACCAGUUUUAUCAGGACGCAUUACAAACGGUGUCAGAGCUACAACUGGCCAAUUCCCAUACCAAGCUGGCUUGUCCCUUACACGCAGCACAGGCAAUUACUGGUGCGGUGGUUCUCUCAUCGGCUCGACUUGGAUUUUAACUGCAGCUCAUUGCUCCGAUGGAGUGAGCAAAGUUACCGUUUAUUUGGGCAGUACUGUUCGUACCUCGGCUAAAGUUAAAUACACCGUAACAUCCAGCUCCAUCUACCAACAUACCGGCUAUAAUAAAGAUACGCUUGCCAACGAUAUCACCUUAAUUAAGAUUCCAGCUGUUUCAUAUACCAGUGAAAUCCAAGCCAUUAAAUUGCCUUCGAUUUCUUCUUCGUAUGCCACCUAUGUGGGCAGCAAUGCUAUCGCAUCUGGUUGGGGACGUACCAGUGACACUUCCUCAACUUCAACAUACCUGAACUACGCAAAUCUUCCCAUCAUUGCUAACUCAGUCUGUGCUAAAACCUACGGAACAAAAGUUAUUACCAGCAACUCUAUUUGUGUAUCUACUCCCAGCGGUGUUUCCACCUGUCAAGGUGACUCAGGCGGUCCAUUGGCUUUGGAAUCAAGUGGAAUUCUAAUUGGUGUCACUUCAUUCGUAUCGUCAUCCGGUUGUGCUUCUGGCGCUCCAGCGGGAUUUGUGCGUGUCACCAGCUAUCUCACAUGGAUUAAGGAGAAAACUGGCAUUUCAUACUAGUAUCUGAAUAUCAAUUUGUUUGAAAUAUAUACGUAUGUAUGUUUAUUACGUAUAUUUCUUUAAUUUCAAAUACAUUGUGCAGUCGUAAAAGAGCAAUAAGUUCUUGUGUUUAA